AGCCUGCGCUCUCUCUGCAUCUCUAUCACUGCUGUCUGUGCCCGGCGCUACAAGGAAUCAUGGUGGAUCAAUUCGUGGGCUCCUGGAAGCUGACUGACAGCCAGGGAUUCGAUGAGUACAUGCAGAGCCUGGGGGUCGGUUUUGCCACCAGAAAAGCAGGUGCUAUGGCAAAGCCCAACGUGAUCAUUUCUGUGAAUGGUGAUGAGAUCUUGCUAAAGACAGAGAGCAGCUUAAAAACAACAGAAGUGACGUUUAAACUGGGGCAGGAGUUCGACGAGCAGACAGCAGAUAAUAGGAAAACAAAGACUAUUAUCACUUGUGACAGUGGCGUUCUCAAUCAGGUGCAGAAGUGGGAUGGCAAAGAGACCACUAUUCAAAGGGAGAUAAAAAAUGGACAUUUGGUAGUGACAUGUUCAAUGGGAGAUGUGAAGUGCGUCCGUACAUAUGAAAAGAUGAAGGCAUAAAACAGAAUCUCAGCUGAGGCUGAGAAGAGCUCAGUUCAAUGAGCCGGGCUUCAGUCUUUAAAGCUACUUUGAAUUCCAGUUUUAGCCUCUUUAUUUGAUAACUGAACUACUGUAUAAGAAUGUAUUUGAAAGAAGUAAUAUAACCAAUGUGACCUGCUAUGGAUGUUCAAUAAAAGUUUGCAACCCA